AUGGAUCGGCUGAAUGAAAUGUUAAUGGCUAUGAUCACAUUAGUGAUACAAGCACAAAAUCAAGCAAUAAGAUAUGCAGAGGCAACGAUGCAAAAAGUGACACAAUUGUUUUAUAUCUACAAUUGCUUGAAACAAUUAAAUAAAAGACCAAAACGUAAAAUGUGGGUAAGAUCCAUUUUUUCUGAACAACGAAGAUUGUUACAAGGUGCUAGUAAUAAUCUAAUCGUCGAGAUGCAAUUAUCUGACAAAGAAAAAUAUUUCAACUAUUUACGGAUGUCACCAACAAUGUUUAAUGAAUUAUUGACAAUUGUUGGACCUCGAAUUGAAAAACAGAAAGUGGUUCGUAAUCCAAUAAGUGCCAAAACUAGAUUGCAUGUGACCGUACGAUGGUUGGCUUCGAGUGAUAGUAUGACUUCACUGUCCUACGCCUAUCGCAUUGCCCAAUGUACACUUUCGCAUAUCAUCCCGGAAACUUGUGAACAAAUUUGGCUUGCUCUAAAAGAUAGGGUUCUUAUUAAUGCUACGGAAAACAAUUGGAGAAAAGUUGCUGAAGACUUUGAAAGAAUAUGCCAACACGUAGUUAUUCAAGCACCACCUCGUAGUGGCUCAUCUUAUUAUAAUUACAAAGGGAGCCACAGCAUAAACUUGCUCGCGAUAUGUGAUGCUUUGAAACGAUUUCUCGUCGAUAUUGGAGCUCAGGGCCGACAAAGUGAUGGAGGAGAUGAAGCUUUCCCUAUCAGCACGUAUAUGAUGAGACCGUAUCCUCGAAGUGGCAAAUUGAACACUAGAAAAAAAAUUUUUAAUUAUCGUCUCAGUCGUGGAAGAAGGACUAUCGAAUGUGCCUUCGGGAUUUUAGUUGCGCGAUGGCGACUUUUCCGGCGACCUAUUAUUGCGUCUACAUUCACUUGCAUGAAAGCUAUACAAGCAACUGUUGUUAUGCACAAUUUCAUAAUAGAUCAAGAAGUUAACUUACCAGCACGAGAAAAGAUGUACUCUAUAAUGCGCUAUGAAGAACGUAAUCUGUUGCAUACUAGUACUGGCCUAAUAGACAUAAACAAUAGCAAUAUAUCGCAAAACUGA